AUGGGUCUGACCAAGAAGCGUUUCGCCGAGCGUGUCAACCCCGGUCUCCAGGUUGCCACCCAGUGUGGUAACAUGUACACUGCCACCGUUUACGGCGGUUUGGCCAGUCUGCUCAGCAACGUCGCUUUCGACCCCAAGGAGCCCAAGCGCAUUGGUCUGUUCAGCUACGGUUCCGGCCUUGCCAGCUCCAUGUUCAGCGCCAAGAUUGUUGGUGAUGUCUCCAGCAUGGUUGAGAAGCUUGACCUCCAGAACCGCCUCAAUGCCCGCACUAUUCUUGAGCCCGCUGAGUAUGAUGCCAUGUGCAAGCUCCGUGAGCACGCCCACCUGAAGAAGAACUUCAAGCCCGCUGGUAACACCGAGACUAUUAAAUCCGGUGUCUACUACUUGACUGAGGUGGAUGACAUGUUCCGCCGCAAGUACGAGAUCAAGGCUUAA